CUCUAGCUUCUCACCAAGUAAGUGCUCCUGUCCUCCUAGUCUUUUAUUUUUCAUCUCCCCUUUUUUAACCGGCAACAUCAUGUCUUCUGAUAGCCAAAACAUAUCCGGCCAAUCUUAUGGGUCAGGCUCUCAGCCCUCUUCUUCUUCUCACUCUGAGUCUUCUUCUCCUCCUGUCACUCCUUUAAUUCGCCGCCCUUCUCACCAAUCCAGCUCCCAGGCCUGGGAAAUAAUUGCCCAGGACCCUGUCCCUUUGAAUCAACUGCCCGGUCGAUUCAAUCCCAAGGUCCUUAGCUGGGAGCAAUGGGAGGAACGACUGGGAUCAAUGGGCUACCUAGCCCUUGACUCAAGACCGGUCUUCAAAGAGUCCUCUAGGGUUACAAAAAAGGUCCUGGCCAAGUGGGCUGACCGGGUUAUAAAACCUGAAAGGGUUCAACCAGAGCCCACUAAAGAUCUUGAGGACGCCUGCGAGAAACUUCUCAAGGGUGAUCCUGUGACCGGGAAACCUUAUGCCUACGGGGGCUGGGUAUUCCGGCUAGCUAACCCGGAUGGGGGUGCGUCUGCGACCCAUGACGCUGAGGAUAACCGGGCUGAUUCCCCGGAUGGUCACGCUGAGGCCGGCUCUCCUCAUCCAGACAUGAACUUCAACAGGAUGACCACCAUCAUUGAGGAUGACGACGAUGAUGUCCAAGUCCUCCACUCCAACCGGUCUCCUCUCUCUAACUCUCCUUAUCCUCCUAACUUCCCUGGAAUGGAUGGGGCCACAAGUGCCCGGUGUAGCCCUAUCCAUGAGAAGAGCCAGAAGCUGAAAUCUCCUUCAGCCAGGCAUCACUCUGAGGUUGACCGGGCUAAUCCCCCCAAAAUCCCGGUCCAAUCAGGUGCUAAAGAGGUCGGUGCAUCUUCCUCUUCAAAAGCCAAGGACCAAAAAAGGAAGAGCUCUCAUAAGAGUUCCAGGGGAGGCAAGAAGAGGAAGAUUAGCUUAUCAGAUAGGGAGGGGGAAACCAUCGAAGAAGCCUUCCUGUCCCUGGCCAAAAAACUCAGCAAGGCCGGGGUCAUUUCAGAGGAAAUUGGCCAAACAUUAAAGGAGAAGGACCAGGUCUCCCAACUCACCCUCCUCCUUGAUUCUGCUAAGUUAGAGAUCAAUGACCGGGCAGAAAGGGAGAGGAGACUUGAGGAAGAGCUGAAGGAAGAAAGGGCCCGGUUUGCCCUUCUGGAGGAGGAAAAGAAGAGAAAGAUCGCCGAGCUCGAGGAUGCGCUGGGCCAGGCUGAAGAAUCUGCCCGGGCAAAGGAGGAAGCCUUUCCCACUGAAGCUGCUCACUGGGCUGCAUGCCAUCACUUGGAAAUUGCCCGAUCAAUUCUCAACACACCGGAAGAAACCAUGGACUUUUUCAAGACCAUGUAUCAAGAGCCUGAAGGCAAGAGGAUGAUCACCGAGAUUGGUUCGUACGGCUUCCAGUGCGGCCACAAGGAUGAGAGGUCCCUCCUUUAUGCCAGGCUUCUGAAGAGGGAUCCUUCCUUUGACCCGGCCAAGAUGAAGCUCCCGGCUCUAUACAAGGAAGAGCUAGCUCCCCCCUUUCCCCUAGAGUAGGUUAGGGUUUGAAUUCAAAAACUUUAAAUUUUCCCAAGGCCUGGGGGAUGUCCGGCCUACUUCUGACUUGUGUGAUAUUAUCUUUUGUUUGGCAUGGUUUUCGAUUUACCGGCUUGUUUCUUCUUUCCGUUUGCAUGGUUGAACUCCUUUUCUAUGCAUGGUUAUUGCUUUUUCCUUUCCUUUUCUUGAUCGCCUUUGAAUGAACUUCCAAGUCAAUA